AUAUUUAUAAAUCCCAAACUUUAUUUCCCACAUUCAGGUCUUGUACUCAAAACCUAAACCGAAUGGUCCGCUGCUUGCCGACUACUGCCGGCAGAGCUUGCGCCGGCGAGAUCACUUCAAUCUACACCACACAUCUCGGCACCAUUACCCUGACCUGGAGCCGAACCUCCCUCGGCGUCUUCCUCCUCGCCGAUCUUCUCCUUACUCCGUCACCAUCGCCGGCGAAUAACAACGACAACGCGAUCUCCGAUCAUCUUCGUCUGUGUAUCCGUCCAUACCUCACGUGGAAGCGAAAGGGUUCAAAACAUCGCCGCUUUAGAUCUGCAAACGAUCGCCGCCGUGUCGUAGAGCUCGUUUGGGAUUUUUCCCUUGCUACCUUCUGUCGCGGACCAGAACCUACUGGUGGGUUCUUUCUAUCCAUUUCUGUGGACAGCGAGAUCGCUCUCGUCGUUGGGGAUAGCGAGGAGAAAGACUGCCGGCUUACCGGCUCAUUGAAAUCCAAGAUUUCUGGGAAGCGAUCGGAGCUCAUCUCGCGGAGAGAGCGGGUAAGAUUUGGGGGAAUCGGAGAUGAGAUGUCGCAUGUGACGAAGGGAUGGUUUGAAGGGAAGGAGAUGGCGAUUUCGAUUUUUGUCGAUGUUGAGGGAGAGGAAAUGAGGAUAGGGAUUGACGGAGAGAUAGUUUUGGAGGUGAGUAAAAUUUGUUGGAAGUUUAGGGGGAGCGAUGGGGCGGCAUUGAAGACGCCGUCGGCGAUCGGAGAGGCAGGGGAGGCUGUGUUCGUUUUGCGAUUCGAGAGGGGAGAGGGAUGGGAGGAGCGGGCAAUUUUUGAAGGGCGGGGUUGUUUUUGUAAGGGUGAUUGGAGCGAUAGUAGUAGCGGGUCGCUGUCGGGAUCGUCGGUGGAGGAAUUGGAGUGCUGCGGGGAGGGAAUAGCGGCUGAGCUUCGCCGGAGGAGGGUUCGCCCUUCUUGUCUAUGGACUUUGGUUUCCGAGGACUCUAUGAAGUCUUCUUCGGCAGCAAUGUGGUCAUUUGCUAAUUCCAAGACCUUCGAGAAGGUCUUUGGCCUCAGUAAGUUCAGGUCAUACCUGAAUCGCUUAUUGUGGAUCCCCAACUUCAGAACGCUCCAGGAGGUGCUUCUGGAAAUCGAAGGAUGGGAUGAUCUCAUUCGAAAGGUUUUUAAACCAUCAGAGUGUGGCUUCAUUCAACGUGGUCAGAAACAACAAAUGUUGCAAUCUGCCGGUAAGGAAUCUCUUGGUCCCUCAGUUGGCCGAUCACCGGGCCUGGCCGAUCACCGGGCCAACUGUGGGGCGCUGGCUAAUUGUCUAGAGGAGCUUUCUGAGGGCGAGUAA